GUAUGGGAAAUUGUGGAUGUUUAAAAAGAAAUGAUAAAGAAUUUGAUGACUUAGUUGAUAUACCAAUUAAAUAAUAACCAGUCUAAGAGAAUUCAGAAUAAUAGAAACCCACAAUGUAAUUGAGUUCGUACUCUGUCCCUUAAAGAUAAAAAAUAAAGGAAACAAUAAAUCUAAGAAAGUCUCAUACUAUUGAAGGUGAAAAAAAACUCAAUGAUUAUAUAUUAAAAUAAGUUUUGGGAUAAGGUUCAUUUGGAAAAGUGAGACUUGCAGAAAAAAAUUUAUAAAAUUAUGCUAUAAAAAUACUAAAUAAAAGCAGACUUAAAAAAUAAAGAGAGUAUUAUACUGAUUCAAAUGGAGGUUAUAUUUUAAUUAUAAUGGUAGUUGUUAAGAUUAAGAAUGCAUUUUAAAAUGUGGCUAAGGAGAUUGCUAUUAUGAAGAAGUUACGUCAUCCUAAUAUUAUUCGUCUUUAUGAAAUUAUUGAUUCUCCUAAUUCAAAUAAAAUGUAUAUGGGUAUUCUCUGCUUUUAAUAUCAAAGUAAUGGAGUAUGCAUAAAAUGGUUAAUUAAUUGAUUGGAAUGAAGAUUUAGGAGAAUUUAUUUUAACACAUUAAGAUUUUAAACUUACAGAAGAAAAAUUGAGAAUAAUUUGUAGAGACAUUAUAAAAGGUAUUUAUUAAAGUAAAAGAUUAUAAUAAUAUCAAUAUAGUGCAUGAAUUAGGAAUAGUACAUAGAGAUUUAAAACCUUAAAAUAUUUUGUUUGAUUAAAAGUUUAGGGCUAAAAUAUGUGAUUUUGGGGUUUCUUAAAUUAUAAAUGGUGAUACUGAGCAUUUUGGUACCAAUGGCACUUAUUUAUUUAUGGCUCCUGAAUGUUUUGAAAAUUGUUAAUUUGAUAGAAAAGCAGCUGAUAUUUGGGCAUUUGGAAUUACAAUAUAUUCAUUUGCUUUUUUAAAAGUACCAUAUCUUGGAGUUGAUAUAUAAGAGAUUAUGGAUUCAAUAUAAUAAAAUGAGUAAAUAAAUAUUAUAUUAAUAGAAUUUAAUAUCCUAAUUGUAGAAUUGAAUUUUAAAAUUUUCUAAAAAAAUGUUUAAAUAAAGACCCAAAUCUUAGAUCUACAAUAUAAGAAUUAGCAAGAGAUCCAUGGAUAAAUGAAGGCUAAUAGAUUCGAUUGCAUGAUGAGAUAGAAUAAAAACUUAUGAUGAUAGAAGUUAAUGAGACAGAAAUCUAAGAGGCAUAUUCAUUAGCUACAUUUAUUUUAAUAAAGAAUUGGGUUGCUAAAUUGAAGCAUUAAUGAUU